CCCAAUGGUUGUCCCACUGCUUGCGUUUGGCGUAAUCCAGGAAAUCGCAGUGUUUCUGCCGGGAAAUUCCGUCUGCAAGGGGGCGCUCAGCCUCCCGUAAGGAUCGCAUGUUGAAGGGUGCCUGCAUGGCUAAAACCAAAGUGAUUGAUUUUGGACAGCACUGUGGUGUGGCUAUGUAACAAUAUGUGGAUAAUAUCAUUAGCACAAUUUGCAUUUCUAAAGUAUUCUAUGUAGCAUUUGAUAGCACAAUUUAUCUUUAAAAUGUCAGUGGAUUCAUUCUGAUCUGUCACUGUUGAUCAGUCUCUGGUGUCAAUGCACUGUCUGCAUUGCUGUUCUGAGGUGCCACUCUUUUGCGCAUAAUACUGUAAUCUCACAAUCUCAUCACAGUUUUAGUAUGUGCCAGGAAACGCUGUUGAUUCUAAUAAUGCAAUGACAGGGACAUCUAUAUUUCGUAUCCCUAGCCCGGCAGCGGAGAUGGAGCAUCCUCUUAUCGAAGAGAGAACUCUGCAAAGAUGCAGAUUGAUCAAUCAAUCGAUAGAAGGAGCGCUUGCCCGUGACGUAACCGCUUCUGUUGUGUGAAUGAGCGGAGGAGAAGCCUUCUCCCCAUUCCAUUAUGUACACAAUGAAACGUUUUAAGAGUUGAAAGCACAGCACUGGAUAUGGAGAAAUGUCACUAAACUGCCUGGAUUGAAAAUAGUAUAUUCUUGGAAAUGGUGCUAUCAAAUAAGUAAAAAGCCAGCGACACUGAUGCCAGGUGCAGGCCGUCGUUGGGAGCACUCCGAGCAGCACUUGGGAUGAGUGGUGCAGUAGAGCAGGCGGCAGACAUCCUGUCAGUCACAGACUUGGUCCGGGAGAGAUGGAGAGUGGUGAAGAAAAUUGGCGGGGGUGGCUUCGGGGAGAUCUACGAGGUGCUGGAUCAGCUGAGCCAGGUCAACGUGGCCCUGAAGGUGGAGUCUGCUCAGCAGCCCAAACAGGUGCUGAAGAUGGAGGUGGCCGUGCUGAAGAAGCUCCAGGGUAAAGAUCAUGUGUGUCGCUUUGUAGGCUGUGGCCGCAAUGACCGCUUCAACUAUGUGGUGAUGGAACUUCAGGGGAGGAAUCUGGCAGACCUGCGCAGAACUAUGUCUCGCGGCACCUUCACCGUCUCCACCACUCUGAGACUGGGCCGACAGAUGCUGGAGGCCAUCGAGAGCAUCCACUCUGUGGGCUUCCUGCACCGCGACAUCAAACCGUCAAACUUUGCCAUGGGGCGCCUGGCCAGCACGUGUCGAUGCUGCUACAUGCUCGACUUUGGUCUGGCCCGACAGUUCACCAACUCUUGUCAGGAAGUGCGUCCUCCUCGUCCCGUUGCAGGGUUCAGAGGAACGGUGCGCUAUGCCUCAGUCAACGCACACAAGAAUAAGGAGAUGGGUCGCCAUGAUGACCUCUGGUCUCUCUUCUACAUGCUGGUGGAGUUAACGGUGGGCCAGCUACCCUGGAGGAAGGUCAAAGACAAAGAACAGGUGGGGAACCUAAAAGAGACCUACGACAAUCGCCUCAUGCUCAAACACCUCCCCUCAGAGUUCAGCGCCUUCCUGGAUCAUAUCCUGACCCUGGACUACUUCACUAAGCCUGACUAUCAGCUACUUUUUUCAGUGUUUGAAAAUGCCAUGAAGAGCCACAAUGUGUUGGAAAACGACCCGUAUGACUGGGAGAGGUGCGACUCAGAGGAUAUGCUGACCAUCACCGGUUCAGCCACCACCGCUCAGCAACUGACCCGCCUCACACCAGCUUACAUUGGCAUGGCCAAUGCCUCAGUGCUCCCCGCCGAGCUGCAGAGGGAGAACACUGAGGACGUACUGCAGGGCGAGCGCCUCAGCGACGCCGACAACUGCCCCCCCAUCCCGGCCCAGCACCAACGUGCUGCCCAGGGCGUUGACGUGUGGGAGGAGAUGGACCGCAACCGCAACUGCAACCACGCCGCAGCCCAGCAACAACAACAACCGCUCAUCAGGAAGGUGGUGAAUGAGGACGAGCACAGCCAGAACCAUGGUGGCAACCAGAGCCAGAGCUCCCCCAGAAGGGUGCGCUCAGAGACCAUGUUCCUGGACCGGGCAGCCCCCCUGCUCCGGAGGAUGAGACACAGCCAGAGCCUGGCCUUCGAGAAGAGACUGGCUCCCGAACCCAAGCCCACCAUCGAACGCUUCCUUGAUGCCUAUCUGGGGAAUCAGCAUCCACAGGAGCGAGAGAUCACAAUCCCCGAAAGCGGCGGGGGGCGGGGUGAGCAGGUUGGCACCCCCUGUGACGAGGACCAGGCGACAGAGACUCCCGACCAGGAGGAGGGGGCUGGGGCCCUGAACCUCAGUUCUGUUCCCCAGGAGGGAAACUCCCAGGAUUGGUUGAUGCUGGAGCAGGGGGGAGGCAGCGGGGCCUCGGGGGCAGCCAAGCCUCCAGGAGACUAUGCUCUCGAUGGGAAUAAACUAGAGGUGCAUUCAGAUGCUGAGAUCCAGGACCACCAGCCUCCCUCAGCCCCGAGCAGCCCCGUCCUGUCCCACAUGGCCCUGCCCUGUACCUGGUUACUGGGCGGCAGGAGGCUGCCUGGGAUGCUAGGCCACAUGGGCCGAGCCCAGAUGGAGCAGUCUGCCAACCCUGUACCACAGUCCCCUGUGAUGGAGAAGAGUGAAGCCAUACCACUAGAGGCUCUGUCAACCAAACCCAAUGACCUCCAAGAGGUCAAGGUCGACGAGCUGGAGAUUGUCGAAUCAGCCCCCAGCCCUGUGCCAAGCCUCAUCCCAGCCCACCUCGCAAACGACAAAGACCCAGAGAGCGACUCAGGCCUCCCCGACCGUUCCUCCGAACCCAACCAACACCCUCAGAUGGAGAAAGCCGGAAGUGCCGCGGAGAGCACCGGCACCUUCUCCUCCUCCCCUCCCCCACCCACCUUGGUCCUGCUGCGAAGAGAAUCCCCCUCCUCGCCCAGAUUGAGCCGCAUCCCCAUACGAGAUCCAACCACCGUCCCGGAUUCCCCCACCAUGGACCGCCGCCACCGCUGGAGCAGCCCUGUGCCUGGCUCGCCCUCCCACUCGCCCUCUCCAUCGCUCUCCUGCGACAACCUGCUGCCCUGUGGCAUCCGGGAGAGGUUCCUUUCCUGCUCAGAUCGCGGCUCACGCUCCGACUGGCUGGGGGAAGACCGUGACUCCCUCUCGCUCUCCUCCUCAGGCAGCAGGAGUAAAAUCCCUCGGCCCAUCAUUCCCCCUCUUCCAGGGCUCGAGCAGCAGCAGCUCUCCUCCUCUGGCAGGUUCCUGCCUCGUCCGCCUCCCGGGAAACCGCCUACCCGCCCAGCUGUAGACAAUAGUAGGCGCCGGCGUUUCCGGGUGCGUGCCAGCAGCACCAGCGACGCCGACUUCCUUGCCAAUCUCACCCAACUGAUGAAGGACCGCGGCGGUGCACUUUUCAGUCUGGCGCCACACCCCCGCAGCUCUUCCUCCUCUCUACAGCGCUCACUCAGCUCCUCCCCCUCACGUCACGAGCUCCGCGAGGGGGGAGGGGUCUUCCUGGGGCGUAGCCGCUCUCCGUCCAGCUUCUCGGGGUCCCCUCCCCCUCCAUGGUACCCCCAGGACAGGCUUAGUGGGCGGCAGGGGAUCCCGUGGGGCGCAGGGCCCGGUGCCAGAGGGAGGGGCCCUAGCCACGAGGGCAAAGGCAGCGGCAAAGUGAGCCGAUAAGUGGACAGAAUGGGUAUCAGUGUGUUGUUCAGAAGGGCACACUGUUGUAAGACAUUUUGCAACAAUAAACCCGAAUUCAGCAUUUCUAAUUGGACACGUUCAGCCAAGGCCUUGUCAGCUCAUUAGGCGGCCACCUAUGGCGGCAGAUUGACACGGGUGGCAUUUUCUGGGCUAAACUGAACAAGAUGCACACCCAACAACACAACCUCAAAUAAAUCUGCCCCAAAACAAUGACAAUUUCUCUCAACCAGUGGCAUAUGGGCUUUUUAGGUGAGCGCUGAUGUCGCCCUGUGAUAAGCAGUUCCCACUUUGUCAAAGGCAGGGGCACAAACAUGUUGCUUGUCCAUUCCCAGAGGCGCGCUGUGCGCUCCAACAACGUUCUGUUAAGAAAAUGAUCUAACAUAAAUCAUGUAGCAGAUAUAGCCAGCGUAAAAACAUGAGCCAUUCACAAUAAUUACAGCAAAAUGUCAAGAAAACUGUAUGCUUAUUACACCACUUUAUAAGUACCGCAUGUCAGAGGCAUGACAAAUUAGUGAAUGGACUUGAAAACGGGUGAUCUAGCCUACAGUCAAAUGUGAUGUGGUUCGACGAGAACAUUGACAUUUUGCCAAGGCAGAGACAUGGCGACAUGACAAUAGCCAAAUUUGUCAUUUCACUUUUUGGUGUUUAACGUUUAAUAGAUGUCUCUUUCCAUUCACCACUGUUUGGAGUCUGUUAAUAUGGUGCGAUUGGAUGAACGUGCACUGCUAGCCUAUGACGGAGCCCUUUGAAGUGAUUGUUUAACAAUUAGAUGAAAACAUUUUGACGGGUUGUUUUUAUGCCACAGUAUAAGGUAAUGCAUUUUAAAAGUGAAAUAACAGGUCUUUACGACUAGGCCCACUGAGAUCUUAUUGAAUUAAUAGGGACUCUAUAUAUCAUUCUAUGAUUAGGCCCUUUGAAAAAUGCUGGUGCACGCGGUUGGUCCCAUACCGGGAAGAAUUGAAUUAUACUUUCACCCCUGAAUAUAGCAUAUGGUAGAAAGAGUAGGUGGCCUUUUCUGUAGCCUAUAGGCUGAAGAUAAAAUGUAUGACAAUGUAAUGAGACGGACACUUUUUUACAUCAUACAGGUUUCUCCGAUCAAAUAGCCUAAUCUACAUCACGUUGACAUGUUACAACAUUUCCUAAAAACAGGACAGGUCAAAGUAAAAUGGACAAUAUGGAACAUCAGGCUAUUCACAACUGCUGUCCAGACGUUUCACCCCGUGGGCAAAAUGUUCAUGAUCAGUGGUUUAAAGUUUGUAUCCGUAAAAAAAAUGUAACAAGCCGAUCAUAGCAAAAAAGAAAGUACUUCAUUAUUUCCCGCUGUGCGAACACAUUGCAAAUGUGGAUAAAAGUUGUGUAGCUGAUAUUCAGAGCUGAAAUAGCCAAAUUGACUAGUCACAGGAAUCAGGACUAAUCAAGCCAAUGCAACGCCUGUUUUACAAAGGGUGGGUCUUCCACAUGGUUGGGCAUUCAUAAAAUAACUUUGCAGACCAACACAGUAGGCUUCACCCUAGUGAUCAUGGGCCGACGUCUCCUGGAUGUCUUUUUUUGGCCCUGUCCGGACCUGCCGUCUUUUAUUGGUAUUUUACAAACGGUAGGCUUACUACAUAGAUGGGCAUUCAUAAAAUUCUAAUUAGGCGACACUGUAGGCUACACCUCGGUAAGCACAGAUCGAUGCCGUCGCCUUUUGGAUGCCUUUUUUGGGGGGGUCCUGUCUGGAUCGGCCUUGAUUUCCACGUCCACGGAUGUUGGUUUUUAGUUCGGUCCAGACCAAAUCAUAGACAUCUAUGUUUUGUUCAGACCGUCUUUCAUUUGCCUCGCCUCGGGUGACAGAACAGUCAGGACCAGCCCUGCUUUCAGCAGGUACAUCUAUGUUUUGUCCUCACUGCACACGACCCAGGCGGCUAUGGUUACUCAGACUGUAAUAAUGUAUGUACAGAGAACGUACUGCAUCGGAUCCUAUCUUCAACUUUGACAGCAUGUGUACAUAUAUAUAUAUAUAUAUAUAUAUAUAUAUGAUCUACUACUGUACUCCAGGGAAUGUACUGUAUGUAAUGUAAAAUGUAUGAUAGAAUGUAUCUAUUUAUUUGAUGUGUCUCGAAAAAUGUACUUGAAAAAUGUAGCUUGAUUCCAGCAUUGGAACAUCAGAUUUCCGAAAAACAUUGAGAUGGUCUACUCUUUCUCCCUGACCCCAGUCCUGGGUUCUUAACACUAUGUAUGUAUGUAUGCCAGACCAAAAAGAUCUGUACUGUAUCAUAUGAGGGAUCUGAAGGAGGUUGCCUUGUAUAUACAGUUGAAGUCGGAAGUUUAGGUUGGAGUCAUUAAAACUAGUUUUUCAACCACUCCACACAUGUCUUGUUAACAAACUACCGUUUUGGCAAGUCAGUUAGGACAUCUACUUUGUGAAUGACACAAGUAAUUUUUCCAACAAUUGUUUACAGACAUAUUAUUUCACUUAUAAUUCACUGCAUCACAAUUCCAGUGGGUCAGAAGUUUACAUACACUUAGUUGACUGCCUUUAAACAGCUUGGAAAAUACCAGAAAGUAUGUCAUGGCUUUAGAAGCUUCUGAUAGGCUAAUUGACAUCAUUUGAGUCAAUUGGAGGUGUACCUGUGGGUGUAUUUCAAGGCCUACCUUCAAACUCAAAGCCUCUUUGCUUGACAUCAUGGGAAAAUCAGAAGAAAUAAGCCAACAGCCAUCAACCUCAGGAAAAAAAAUGUCUAGACCUCCACAAGUCUGGUUCAUCCUUGGAAGCAAUUUCCAAAUGCCUGAAGGUACCACGUUCAUCUAUACAAACAAUAGUGCGCAAGUAUAAACACCAUUGGACCACACAGCCAUCAUACCGCUCAGGAUGUAGAAGCGUUGUGUCUCCUAGAGAUGAACAUACUUUUGUGUGAAAAGUGCAAAUCAAUCCCGGAACAACAGCAAAGGACCUUGUGAAGAUGCUGGAGGAAACAGGUCCAAAGUAUCCAUCUCCACAGUAAAUGAGUCCUAUAACAUAACCUGAAAGGCCGCUCAGCAAAUAAGAAGCCACUGCUCCAAAACCGCCAUAAAAAGCCAGACUAUGGUUUGCAACUGCACAUGGGGACAAAGAUCAUACUUUCCUGACCUGGGUCUUUCAAGUGGACAAUGACCCCACGCAUACUUCCCAAAAGUAAGCAAAAUGGCUUAAGGACAACAAAGUCAAGGUAUUGGAGUGGCCAUCACAAAGCCCUGAUCUCACUCCUUUUGUGGGCAGAGCUGAAAAACCUGACUCAGUUACACCAGCUCUGUCAGGAGGAAUGGGCCAAAAUUCACCCAACUUAUUGUGGGAAGGUUGUGGAAGGCUACCUGAAACUUUGACCCAAGAUAAACAAUUGAAUGGCAAUGCUACCACAUAUUAAUUGAAUGUAUGUAAACUUCUGACCCACUGGGAAUGUGAUGAAAGAAAUAAAAGCUGAAAUAAAUCAUUCUCUCUACUAUUAUUCUGACAUUUCACAUUCUUAAAAUAAAGUGGUGAUCCUAACUGACCUAAGACAGGCAUUUUUUUUUACUAGGAUUAAAUGUCAGUCAUUGUGGGAAAACUGUUUAAAUGUGUUUGGCUAAGGUGUACGUAGACUUCCGACUUCAACUGUAUGUACCGUUUCAAAAAAUAUAUAUAUAAUAAUUGUAUAGAGAGCACUUCAGUGCUGUUCAUUCAAACUAAAUGUUAAUCUUAUUGCACCAACUUAUCAGCAUUCAUUUGUAAUAACCAGUGCAUGUAGUCCCAUCUAAACUCCAUUUCUCCUUUCCCUAAAACGACUAGAUGAAACAUGUAUUUCAAGCUAUUUAAAAGAUCUCACUCACUCUGGCGUAUUCACAAUGUAAUUCUGUGAUUUUAUUGCGAGAAAAUCUCUUAUUUUAGGUGAUGUGGAGGUGUCACAAUGUUGGAAUGUAAAAAAAUAAAAAAUAAAAAAGCACUCAUACUGAAUUAAUGUAACAAGUGCAUGGAUAUCAUUGCAAAUAUAUGUCUGUUUAUUUAUUUUUUUUACAUUUGUAGGGUCCGCUAAAACAAAAAUGUAUUUUUUUAAUAAACGGGUCCCGAUUUUAAAUACAUUUAUCAUGCAGACCAGCAAAAUUGGAGUCUAUUUGUAUCUGCCCUCCUGAAAAACUGAUAUAAUGAUUGCAGAAAAUCAAAUAAAGUAUACAUUUGG